AUGAAAACCAACGCAGAGAAGAAAGUUCAAGUAGGCAUUAUCUUGAUGAAGCCAGAAACAAAUACCGCAAUUCAGACUACAGGGACAAAAAUUAUUAAAUGUGGGGUAUGUGGUCACAGUAAAGAUGUGGGUCCUACCUUCAGGUGAUUUCAUAGCUUGAUUCCAGAUAAACCCAAAGGAAAAUGUUUCAACACUUGCACUUCCAAUAGUAACUGGCCAAAUAAUCUGGUCCAACUGGUUACAAAGAUCUUCCCAGAUGUUGGGUGGAAACAUUCAAGUUUUUUUUCACUUUAAUUCCCUGGAAAUCCCACAGAAAUUACUCCCUGAAUCUGAAAGCUCCUAUUGAUUCCCAAAAGCUUACACCAAAACUUGAUUGAAUUAUAUUUCUUUAUGAUAAGUAGCAUCAUGCAUCCAGAUGAUCAAAGCUUCUUUUAUAUUCCUAUAUCACUUCCUAGACAUAAAUGCCAAUGAUCCAGAUGUUUGUAGAUAGUUUCUAAAGCAAAAACUUAUCAUGAUUAGGAAGAUGGUGCAAGCAAUUGAAAGAGUAAAACUACUCAUAAGAUUUUGUGUCAGCCUAUGUGAACCUGCCAAUGGUGGGUCUACACAUACUUCAAAUUAUAUCCAAGUUUCUCAAAUCUUCUAAGAUGGCAAUUUGAACUUGAACUUUAUCUUCAGUA